AUAGUAACGAAGGUAGCUGGUCGAAGGCUGCAAAAUCAGAACGUAUCGAGUUCGCGAGAAAUUCGGUUAUGCAAACUUCGGAAACGGGGCGUUUUUUGCUCGGCUUAUUCGUUCUCUCAAGAUCUUUUUAGAAUCGUAAUGGUGGAAUGUGUCUAGUUUUUUUUUCGAGUUUUUCGUUUAAAAAUUUCAUUUCGUUACCCUUUUGUGAUCAACUGAGAACGGAAAUCGCGCAGAAUUACGCAUUUUCUAAAACGUUACGUUCGUUGUAACGUACCCGUCGCACAUUGUACGUACGCUUUCUGUGACAGGAUUUAUCCUCUUUUUUCGAAUAAUUGCUAAAUGUGCGAAUUAAUCGUUUUUUCAAUCCAUCCAAGUAAUUUUCACCAAUGAAAACGACAGAAUCGGCUGACAACAAAUUUUAAAUGAUGACUGCGAAUUCAGAUGGAGGAGGAACAACUCUGCCGUAAAUGUUGGAAAAUUUGUGGCAGUUGCAAAAACGGUUCGCCACCAUUGCAACGAUACCGUCAUAUGUAUGUCAUGUGUUGCUGACUUCAGCAUGUUUUCCUCUCUUUUAUUCAAUAAUCAUCGUACAUACCAUCGUACAAUUUAUUCCAAAUCUUUCUCCUUGAAAAAUUCAACGCACCUUAAAUCUCCGUUCACUUUCAACUGCUGCAGAAUAAUCAUCAUUUUCAUAAUACUAAUAGUGUUUAUUGUCAAAGAUAGCGAAGAAGGAAUGCACGAAAAAAGAUUAUUGAACAAUCUUCUUAGAAAUUAUAACCCUUUGGAGAGACCAGUAGCUGUAGAAUCAGAACCGUUGAACGUUACAUUUGGUUUAACAUUACAACAAAUCAUCGAUGUUGACGAAAAGAAUCAAAUUCUGACCACAAACGCCUGGUUAAAUUUGGACGAGAAGAAUCAAAUUUUGAUCGCAAACUUGUGGCUUACUUUGGAAUGGGUAGAUUAUAAUUUGAAGUGGAAUAGUUCAGAAUAUGGCAAUGUAAGAGAUUUACGUAUAACACCCAAAAACAUAUGGAGGCCAGAUAUUUUGAUGUAUAAUAGUGCGGAUGAAAAGUUUGAUGGAACAUAUCAUACAAACGUCGUAGUUAGAAGCAAUGGUAGUUGUUUAUACGUUCCACCAGGUAUCUUCAAAAGCACGUGCAAAAUAGAUAUUACCUGGUUCCCAUUCGAUGAUCAGUAUUGUGAUAUGAAAUUUGGAAGUUGGACUUACGAUGGUUUUCAGCUGGAUCUGGAGAUGAAAUCAGAGGACGGGGGUGAUUUGUCUAAUUUUAUAACGAAUGGCGAAUGGUACUUGUUAGGUAUGCCUGGUAAAAAGAAUACAGUUGUCUAUGCAUGUUGCCCGGAACCUUAUGUUGACAUCACAUUCAUUGUGCAAAUUCGACGAAGAACAUUGUAUUACUUUUUCAAUUUGAUAGUGCCUUGCGUUUUAAUCUCUUCUAUGGCAUUGCUCGGUUUCACACUGCCACCGGAUUCCGGAGAAAAACUAACUUUAGGCGUAACCAUCUUAUUAUCCUUAACGGUGUUUCUGAAUUUGGUUGCUGAAUCUAUGCCUACUACAUCGGAUGCCGUCCCAUUAAUAGGAGUUACAAUAUUACUAUCGCUGACCGUGUUCCUGAAUUUGGUUGCAGAAACUUUACCCCAAGUAUCUGAUGCAAUCCCUUUGCUAGGAACGUAUUUCAAUUGUAUCAUGUUCAUGGUGGCUUCAUCGGUAGUUCUAACGGUUGUUGUAUUGAAUUACCAUCACAGAACAUCAGAUAAUUAUCGAAUGCCGCCUGUGACUCGUACCAUACUUCUGCAGUGGUUACCUUGGAUUUUACGAAUGAGCAGACCAGGAAGAAAAAUAACAUUGAAAACCAUUCGAAUGAGUAACAGAGUAAAACAAAUGGAACUGAAAGAAAGAUCAUCCAAAAGUCUCCUAGCCAACGUAUUGGAUAUCGAAGACGAUUUUAGGCACUGUAGCGUUGGGCCUGGAGGCGCCUCAGCUACCUUAAACAGCACUUAUAUUAGAACUGGCACGUCAUCCAGCCAUCAUGCUCACCAACACAGCAGCAGUAGCGCUGCUGCUAUAACUCUCGACGAUUCUGGGACAUGUUCUAUAGCGUCAAAAGAACUUCAGCUCAUACUGAAAGAGAUACAGUUCAUCACGAACAGAAUGAGGAAAGCUGACGAAGAAGCGGAUAUAAUUAGCGAUUGGAAAUUUGCUGCAAUAGUAAUGGAUAGAUUCUGCUUGAUUGUAUUCACCUUGUUUACUAUAAUCGCUACUUUAGUGGUUUUGUGUUCAGCUCCUCAUAUAAUUGUUCAGUAAUUAUAUUUUUAUUCAUAAGCCUUGUUCGUCGCGCGAAACGAAGGAAAAAAACAAUCAGUUUUGAACUGAUUAGGUACAAUUACAUUAUACCCGUUUAUUGUUAGUCCUUCUAAAAAAAAAAAUUUUUAAAAAUGUGUGUGUUUUAACGUGAAACCAUCAUGAUUUCAUCACCUGUAUUUCGUGUAUAGUGUUUGUAGGUCCUUACAUUAUUUUUUGUCAAACUUUUAAAUGUACGGUGUGGAGCUAGUUCCUAUUACAUACCAAACAUUUAUAUCAUACCUACCGACCGAUCCGAAAAUGCGAAUGACAAAACUCACCUCAUGUAUAUUUUUAUUUUUAUACCUCGCAAUAUGAAUCCAAUUUUUUUUUAAUACCUGAUUAUCUGCGCCUCAUUUUAAUAAUCAAAUGCCCGCAACACUAUCCCACUAGCAUUAUUUUACCAGAUCAUUGUAGAAAUAUACAUACCCAUUACCUAUUUUUAAUUAUAUCGAAUAAUUCGUUUACCUACCUACGCGAAUUCAAGACGCAAAAUUUCGCAUACAAUUUAUCGUCAUCGAUCGCGUAAAGAUAUUUAAAAAUUCCUAAUUUAAUGAAAGUGUGAUUAUAAAUAAUAAGUUAAUGUACCUAUGUACGUUGCGAAAACCAAACAUUUUCCGAUGAAACAUAUCAAACGUAUUUAUUGUAUGUACCUACUUAAUUCAUUCCAUAAGUAAUUGAUUUUUUCCAAUAAAAACCAGACGAUGAUUUUAAAGCAAAUGGUAGAUGAUAAAUAAUAAAAUACCUAUAUACUGAAAAAUGAACAUACCUACCUACUAUAUUUACCCACGUAGAAAAAGUACACUGGUGUCUAUUGGAAAAUCAGCAGUGUUUCUUAGUAAGGAAUUGCCACUAGUGAUUUACUUCUCCUACUCAAAAUUAUGAGUGAUGAAUUACUGCUGAUUUCUCAGUAGAGUAGCACUACUGAUCCACAUACGCAAAUCAAUGGUAUUUCACUACUGUCUAGUAUGUGUGUAGUAAAUCACCACUGGCAAUUCCUUACUAGGAAACACUACUCAUUUCCAAGUGUGUGUCAGAAGUGUUUCACUACAUGCUAUCAGUAUCAGUGGGGUGCAAUAAUUUUCAAAAAUCAAAAAAAUAGGGUUGGGGAAUUUUAUUUUGAAUUUCCCUAUCAUCAUUGAGAUGCUCACGUCAUGUAUGAUUUUUCCUGCCUAUAACAUUUUUAGAAAAUUCCUACACCUAUACCUCACGGGGAUUCGAACCGGGGACCUACGGAUGUCUGACUAUACAACCCUAACCACCUGACUACUAGUGCACUACAGUAGAUAGGGCAUUUAAAGAAUAUAUUUGUUUGCAAACACUUAAUUUCAACAGUUCGUGAAUUUGAAUGUUGAAACUUGAAACUAUGAAUAAUUGGUGAAGUUCUCAAGAGUGUCGAUUUCAUUUUUGAAAACUAUUUGAUCCCAAACCCAAAAUGAACUCCAAAGAGGAGGGGAGGCACAAAAUUACAAAUUUUUCAAAAUUUGAAAUUUUAAUGGCGCUGAAUCAAUUUUUAAAGACCAUUUGACCCCAAACCCCAAAAUGGGCUCCAGAAGGGGAGGUAUACAAAAGUACAAAACCAAAAAUUAUCAAAAAAAAUAUAUAUGGGUAUCAAAAUCUCAAAUUUAUGGGUUCAGAAUUCAUUUUUCAAGACAAUUUGACCUCAAACCCCAAAAUGGGCACCAUUAGGAGAGGUACAAAAUUUUAAACUUUUUAAAGAAGACAAGUACAUUAUUGAUAUCAAAAUUUGAGUUUUCAAUGGCACAGAAUCCAUUUUUGAAGACCAUUCUACCCUAUCCCAAAAUGGGCUUCAAAAAGGGAGGUACAAAACCAAAAUUUUGAAAAAAUUUUGAAAAAGUAUGUUAUUGAUAUCCAAAUUUGAGUUUUCAAUGGCCCAGAAUCAAUUUUUGAAGACCAUUCAAUCCCAAAACCGGAAAUGGGCUCCAAAGCUAGGGAGGUACAAAAAUAGAAAAUUUUCCAAAAAAAAGUGCAAUAUUGGUGUGAAUUGAAAAUUUGGAUUUUCAAUGGUGUAGAUCAGACUUAAUUUUUGAAAAUCAUUUGAUCAUAAACCCCAAACCAAUAUCCACAGCAGAGAUUCAAAACCAAAAAUUAAAUUUUCUUAUAUAUUUGGACACCGAAUUCAUUUUUGAGGACGAUUUGAUUCUAACUUCCCAAAAUGGACUUCAAAGGGGAGGUACGAAGUCGAAAAUUUUCCAAAAAGAUACAAAAAUAGUACAAUAUUGGUAUGUAUCAAAAUCGGGAUUUUCAAUGCCUAGAAAUAAUGUUUGAAGAUCAUGUGACACCAAAACCCAAAAUGACCCUCAGAAAGGUGUAAAAUUGCAAAACUUCUCAAAAAAAAAAGUACAAUAUUGGUAUCAAAAUCUGGAUUUUCAAUGGCAUAGAAUUUUUUGUUUAAGAUCAUUAGACCCUAAAUUUGAAUCUGCAGUCCUCAUAUUCAAAAUCGUAUAUACAUACCUAAUCUGAUAUCUGCAUAGCAUUCUUCAAAACUUUUGAAUUGUUUUCCUCUUCUCCCACCCUAAAUGGGGUAUUUUUAGUUAAUAGGGCAAUUGGUUGAUGACAUUACUGGUAAGGUGUACGUUUACUGGUAAAUAACUAUUGGGCCAUUACUGUUCAGUAGGCAAACAUGACUGCGGAGUGGUGCAUUGUGUGGUAAAUAAUUAUUGAUGUGUAGUAAAAAACUACAACACAUCUACUGAUUUGUAGUAAGUAACUACUGAGCCAUACUACUCUGUAGGUGAACACCAUUGUUGAGUGGUGCAUUGAAUGGUGAAAUAUUACCAAUGUGUAGUUUAAAACUACUAAUCUACCACUGAGUUGUAGUAAAUAACUACUGAACCACUACUACUGAAUAGGUAAACACCACUGUUGAGUGGUGUAUUGAAUGGUGAAGUAUUAUUGAGUAGUAGUUAGAAACUACUACUCUACUACUGAGCUAUAGUGAAUUACUGCAGAAGUCAUACUGCCCUGCAGUGCAACACUACUGUCCAGUAAUGAAUCAAGUACUGAAAGCACUACUGAUGUGGUGUGAAUUACUACUUAGCAUUACUGUUAAGUAGUGAAUUACCACUGCCCCCUGUAAGUUUUUUCUACGUGGGUAUAUAUUCGUUCACAAGCUUAAAUCACGAUUUUUACGAAUAAACCUAGUCUGAAGGAUUUAGGUUUGUUUUUUUGUUAUUUUGAUUGGCUCGUUGUAUUACGUACCUACCUACUUUAUUUCGUUAAAUACCUACCCGCAUCAAUUCGAUAGUAGCGAAAUUGAACGCGUUGUACAUAGAAAUACAUUUUACCUACUGAAUGAAAACAGCAUUAGCGUAACCAGAAGGACUUUCAAUAAGUUAUAUACCUAUGUUAGUGAAUUGAUCAACCCUUAUGUUUUUGCCUUUACCUAUAUUUUUAAAGUAAAAUUAUUUAGGAAGCCCAACCCAGGUUACGCUGUUGCUCAUUUAGCGUAUUAAAACGGGGUUAUCAAUUAAAUUCACAAUAAUUAGUAAGGUAGAUGGUCCUGAUAAGGCCACCUUAAUUUUAAGCAAAUUUUUGAGGCUCUUAAUAUUUACGAAAAUUUUCCAAAAUUUCAUGGAAGUAACUUCAGUUUCUCUACUUCACAGCGGCGUAGUUGGUUUUUUCCUCAGAUUGUAGUUGUAUUUACCGCCUCCCCUUCUAAUUUUAAUGUAGUGGCCUUCUCAGGAACUCAAAAACACCAAGUUCCUAAUAAGACCACUUCUAAUUUUUGAAGCGAAAAACGCAUUGGAAUUAUUUUUAAUUACUUACAGAUGAUCAUCAUUGUCGUCAUUAGACUACGAGCUCGUAUACUAGCUUUUGGUAAUCUUCUUUGCAAAAUAUACAAAUACCAAAUACCAAUAAUUUCUCUGUUUGAGACUUGAAAGACUUCAAACACUUUUUUUUUUGCUCCUUUAGAGCACUGUGCUGGUGAUUUCUUGCAAGAAUUUCACUGUUUGUUUACAGUUGCCUUAUUAGAAACACUUGCUAUAAUGAAUAGGUAUUAUUUAUUCCUUCAAAAACAGUUACAAGUAAAUGGAAAUUUUUUUCGAAAACUGAAUACACCAUACGAAAGAGGAUAAAAUUUGCUAACAAACUCACUUACUGAUAAAAUUUUUGCAUCAACUUCAGAUAACUUUUUUUUAUUAUGAAAAACCACAUCGCUCAACUCGACAGUCGAUAGUCGCGUUUUUUGAAUAGGUAAGGUACAUACCAACUAGCGCUAUUUUCCGGUUUGCGCGCCUAGCAGCAGAUAAACCGGCCGGGUGGUGGCCUUAUUAGGAACGUGGCCUCAUUAGGGCCCCCUUCCUUAAUAAUUUUUCCCAGGUGAAAAUCAUAGAAUUUUAUUUGUUUAGUUCGAUUUAGUAAAUACGGCUCAUGUAGGAACUGCUCAGCCGUUAUUUGUUGUGAAAUUUAUAGUUUCAGUGUAUUUUUUUUUGUUUUUUGUUCUUUUUUUUUGCCAUUCUCAUCGAUUUAUUGUUUUGAAUACUUGAUUUUUAAAUUAACGUUGCAUCGAGUAAUGCCCGUUAACGAUACGGUAAAAGGAAUUCUUUCGGAUAAAUGGAACGUUUAAAAAGGUUAGCUGAUAUGAAUGUACCCUCCUUUUGUGUUGGUUCCUCUUUUAAUUUUUUGAUAACUGAUACCAUUAAUUUUAAAAACAUGUACAUGUUAUGUUAAAUGACUAUUUUUUUUAAAAAGGUAUGAAGCAAAUUGUUACUCUAUUUGUUAAUAAAAUUCAUAUCCUUAAUAUUGUUUUACGUUUUUUUAAGCGAUUAAACUUUGAUACUAAAUUUUUUACGAUUAUUAAUCAACAAAUCUAUUAAAGAAUAAUUUUAAUAAAUGUGAUUUUGUAAUAAACAAUAAAGGUGUUUAUUUUGUUUA